CAUCUGCCUCGCCCUCAACCUGCAGAGGUAGCCGACAACUCCCGACGAGCCUGCGCUUGCUCCCUUCACCUGCACUAGGUGCCCUGCCUUGUUUUGCGUCGCCCUGCGCUGCAGACUCCCCUCGGCCUGGCCUUUCGCCCUGUGAAAGAGCUUCCACUAUUUUGCCUCCCGAAGCUCUCCUCGACAUCCACGGCUGCUUCACUCCUCACCAUCACCACCUCUUCCAACCCGAUUCAGUGGGAGUCUCUGCCUCCUAGCGUCACCCAAUCACCAUGGCGUCCCUAGGAGACGACCUUCUCGGCACUGUCAACAAAUUGCAAGACCUGGUCUUCAAUACCAUUGGCAGUGACUCGCUCGAUCUUCCCCAGAUUGUCGUGGUUGGUUCACAGUCAGCCGGAAAAUCCUCCGUCCUCGAAAACAUUGUCGGUCGUGACUUUCUGCCCCGCGGAAGUGGCAUCUGUACUCGACGACCCCUGAUCCUGCAACUCAUCAAUGUAUCCGAGGACGAGAGUGCCCUCGACCCUUCCUCCGACCCCUACAGGUCCCCCGACCUUGCCAGAAGAUCCGAAUGGGCCGAGUUCCACCAUAUUCCGAACCGCCGCUUCAAUGACUUCUCCGAUGUGAAGCGCGAAAUCGAGAACGAAACGGCACGUGUGGCGGGCAACAACAAAGGCAUCAACAGACAGCCCAUCAACCUCAAGAUCUACUCGCCGCAUGUGCUCAACCUGACGCUUGUUGAUCUUCCUGGACUCACAAAGGUUCCCAUUGGCGAUCAACCCACCGAUAUCGAGAAGCAGACGCGCAACCUAAUUUCCGAGUAUAUUGCCAAGCCGAACAGCAUUGUCCUUGCCGUAUCUCCUGCCAACGUUGAUAUCGUGAAUUCGGAGGCUCUCAAACUUGCACGACAUGUCGAUCCUCUUGGUAGGAGGACAAUUGGCGUACUUACUAAGGUGGACCUUAUGGAUCAUGGUACGAACGCGCUGGAUAUCCUAUCUGGCCGUGUGUACCCUUUGAAGCUUGGUUUCAUCGGCGUCGUCAACCGUUCUCAGCAGGACAUCCAGGGCGCCAAGCCCAUGGAGGAGGCUCUCAAGGCCGAAUCCGAAUUCUUCAGACACCACCCCGCCUACCGUAACAUUGCUAGUCGAUGCGGCACUCACUACCUGGCCAAGACGCUGAACACGACCUUGAUGGCUCACAUUCGCGAGCGCAUGCCCGAUAUCAAAGCUCGCCUCAACACCCUCAUGGGACAGACUCAGCAGGAAUUGGCGAGCUAUGGUGACAUGCACUUUAGCGGAAAGGAGCACCGUGGAUCCCUCAUCUUGCAGCAAAUGACACGCUUUGCUACGUCAUUCAUCUCAUCCAUUGAUGGUACCUCAACCGAAAUAUCGACCAAGGAACUUUGCGGCGGUGCUCGCAUCUACUACAUCUUCAACUCUGUCUUUGGCAUGUCUUUAGAAUCCAUCGACCCGACUUCGAAUCUUUCGGCCCUGGACAUUCGAACGGCCAUCCGCAAUUCCACCGGUCCUCGUCCCAGUCUAUUCGUGCCCGAAAUGGCCUUUGACCUUCUCGUCAAGCCUCAAAUCAAGCUUCUCGAGAUUCCUAGUCAGCGAUGUGUAGAGCUUGUUUACGAGGAGCUCAUCAAGAUUUGUCACACCUGCGGCUCCACCGAACUGUCUCGAUACCCGAGACUGCAAGCUAAGCUGAUUGAGGUUGUGUCAGAUUUGCUGCGAGAGCGCUUGGGGCCGACUUCUGGUUACGUCGAGUCCUUGAUUUCGAUCCAAAGAGCGUAUAUCAACACUAACCAUCCCAAUUUCCUCGGUGCUGCCGCUGCCAUGAGUCACGUUGUCAGCAACAAACAAGAGAGGGAGCGAAAGCGCUUGAUCCAGGAAGAACGGGAAAGACGGGAGAAGAGGCGUCUGAAGGAGCUGGGCGCUAAUGGCACCGAAGGCCCCGAGGGCGAGGAGGAAGAGACGGCUGUCGUUGAAAAGGCCGAAUCGAACUCUCUUCGGAAGCAGGCAGCCAAGGGCGCACGCAGCUUGUCACCUGGCGUGCGGGAAAAUGGCACCACCGGUCUUAAUGCGGCACUCAACGGGGCAAGGUCGGCUUCUCCGUCAAGAUUCAAUGACAAAGGAGUGGGCGGCGCGCGCGACUCUUUCUUGACCUACUUCUUCGGCAAGGACGGUGCCUCUGCAAUUGGAGCAGCAUCAUCACCCAACUCCUCCAUUGCCCGACACGUUAGCCAAAGCUCUGAGCCAACAUUUUCACAGAGCAUCCGGCGAGCUGAAGACAAGGUUGCUUUGCGCACUCCAGUACAAUCUUCGUCCCGGGAAGAGCUGGAAUUUGGAAAGCCUCCGCAAUCUAUAGAUUAUGGGUCCCUCUUCGGUACGGCUAGCGGCGAGCCAGCUAUGACCGAACGGGAAGCCAUGGAGACAGAGCUUAUCCGAGCACUCAUCUCUUCCUACUUCAACAUCGUGCGAGAGUCGAUUGCGGACCAAGUUCCCAAGGCUGUCAUGCACCUGUUGGUGAACCACUGCAAGGAUGUAGUCCAGAACCGACUUGUCAGCGAGCUGUAUAAGGAGGCGCUGUUCGAGGAGCUGUUGUACGAAGACGACGGCGUCAAGAAGGAGCGGGAGAAGUGCGAGAAGCUGCUUCAGACGUACAGGGAGGCGGCUAAGAUUAUCGGUGAAGUGUUAUAGAUACGUGUUGGAAAAGAAGAAACAGAUCUUGGCGAAACCGGCGCCACAUGCUUGCAUUAACACCCUAUUUAUCUCUCUGUAUCUCUCUGCCUCUCUCUGCCUCUCUCUCUUUUCCCCACUUCAUCCCUCAGUGUGUGUCUGUGUCACGCAUACAUAUGUACAGUCUUGGUUUCGUCAGGCGGAUAAAAGGCGAGGUCUACGUCAG